AUGGCUGGGAAUUUUUGGCAAAGUUCACAUCACCAACAAUGGUUACUGGAUAAACAAGAUUUAAUCAGAGAAAGACAAAUUGACAUGCAACAGGGAUUAAAUGAAGAGGAAUAUCAGAAAUUAUUUAUAUUUUUUGCUAACUUAAUUCAAGUACUAGGAGAGCAAUUAAAAUUAAGACAACAAGUAAUAGCAACAGCGACUGUUUAUUUCAAGCGUUUUUACGCACGAAAUAGUUUAAAAUGUAUUGACCCGUUAUUAUUGGCUCCAACAUCUGUAUUUUUGGCAUCCAAAGUCGAGGAAUUUGGUGUGAUAUCAAACAGUCGUUUAAUAACCACAUGUCAAACAGUUGUAAAAAACAAAUUUAAUUACGCCUACGCCCAAGAGUUUCCCUACCGGACAAAUAACAUUCUGGAGUGUGAAUUUUAUCUCUUGGAACAUCUCGACUGUUGUCUGAUAGUAUACCAGCCGUAUAGACCGCUGCUGACUCUGAUUCAAGACGUUGGGCCUGACGAUCAGUUGCUGACUUUGGCCUGGAGAAUCAUAAACGACAGCUUAAGAACUGACGUUUGUCUUCUUUACCCUCCUUAUCAAAUAGCUAUUGGAUGCUUGCAAAUUGCCUGUGUUAUUCUUCAGAAAGAUUUGAAGUCAUGGUUCGCCGAACUUAAUGCUGAUAUGGAAAAAAUCCAAGAGAUAGCUCGUUAUAUUAUUAAUUUAUAUGAGCUUUGGAAGACUUAUGAUGAGAAAAAAGAGAUUCAGGGGCUUCUUGGUAAAAUGCCGAAACCAAAACCUGCGCCAUCACGCUGA